UUCAGGAUCCUAUAUUUUACAUUUCCUCUGCAACUACUAUAUGAUUCAGUUAGAGCUCUUUGGACGAUGAUAUGAUCAAAUUAAUUUUAUCAUGCUUCACAAAUUGCCUUUUUGUUUCUAUACCGUACAGGAAGGAGUCAAUGCCAAUUUCUAUUUCUUACCUUUCAAGCCCACAUCGAUGAAAGUCCUCCAGUGUUACUUUCUUUCUGGAAUGCAGCUGCGGAAAUCUCUCCUUUUACUGAAGAUAUUGCAACCUAAGCAUGUUCUCUCUGGUGACUAUACUCCUCAAGACAUACUUGUCCUUUCAUUUAAAGAAAAUAAAUCCGAUUUCUACCUCAAGCAGUUUCUCGAGAUAUUCAGGCGGUGUGUUGGACCAAUUUUCUGUGAAACGGACACUCACUCAGCCACUCUCUCCCCUAAUUUUCCAAAACCCAGUAAUCUACUCUUCCCAGGGAUUGUUGAGACUGUGUAUAGGAUUCACUGGGAGUGGUUUAUUUCACGGAUUACUGGAAUUUCCAUUUCUAAGAUUUGAGCUUCAGUAUUGUUCCUUGAUUGCAGUGUCUGUGAAAGUGCUUUGAAUUUUGUGGUGUGGAGUAACUAAUAUAGUAUUGAAGUGUUUUGUGUAUUUUCCUGAAAGAAGAGCUUUGGAAUUAUGUGUUUGUCUGUUCUUUUUUUUAAGUUUGAGGUUUCGGCUGACCUCAAACGAAGAGUCACAAGUUAGAGGAAAACAUUGUGAAUGGAUCAUCCCAUAGAUAUUGACAAGUGGUCAGGGAGUCAAAUGCUUAGUAAAGAGCAAUAUCAUGUUAAGAACGAUGAGACAGUUGACAAGGAGAAAGCAUUCGAGGAAAUAAUUUGUAGAAUUAUUAAUGGCUCUCUAUUCUAGCCACGAUUAGCUAAAGCUUGAUGUCAUUUAAACGAUCUUUUUCUCCUGCAGGCUGGCAGUUCUCCAAAAACCCGAUCGGGUAUCGGGUUAUCCGAUACCCGAUAAACCAAAAAUCCUAUACCAGAACCUGAUCCCGAAACCCGAAAAAUCGGGUAUCGGGUAUCCAAUUACCUGAUAUUUCGGGUUUGGAUAUUGGGUAUCCAAUUCCCGAUAUCAUUUUUGACACCCUAACUAGGAGUGUGUUUGUAUGUGAAAAUUGUUUGGUCUUGUAUAUGAUAUAUUUUUUGUGAAUCAUAGUGAUAUUUAUGUGUGAUAUGUAGUAGUACUGGUUAUAUUGGAAAUUAAUUAUA